ACCACGAGCACUAUGGCGCUCACUACGUGCACUAACCAAGCCUUGCUUGACGCGCAGCUCAAGCUCUGGCACACCACCUUCGGCUUCAUCAAGUCCAUGGCGCUCAAAUCCGCACUGGACCUCCGCAUUGCCGAUGCCAUCCACAGCCAUGGCGGCGGUGCCACCCUCCCGCAGGUAGUCGCCGCGGUCAAGCUCCACCCAUCCAAGAUUCCCUGCUUGCGUCGCCUCAUGCGCGUGCUCGCCGCCACCGGCGUCUUCAGCGUCGACCAGAGCCCGUCGGGCGGCGGCGAACCCGAGUACACGAUGACGCCGGUGUCCCGGCUCCUCGUUGGUUCCCAGAACAUUGCUCCUUUCAUCACCAUGGCACUCAAUCCAGCCUUCGUAUCUCCAUUCCUCGAGCUCGGCACAUGGUUUCAGAAGGAGCUGCCGGGGCCGUGCGUUUUCAAGCACACGUACGGCCUGACCUUGUGGGAGCACGCCGGUCGUGACGCCACCUUCAACGCGCUCGUCAACGACUCGAUGGUCUCGGACAGCCACUUCAUCAUGGACAUCGCCAUCAAGGAGUGCCCAGGUGCCUUCCUGGGGAUAAGCUCCCUGAUGGACGUCGGCGGGGGCCUCGGCGCGGCGGCGCAGACCAUCUCGAAGGCGUUCCCUGAUGUGAAAUGUAGCGUGGUAGAUUUGGACCACGUCAUCGCCAAAGCUCCAAGCGACACCGGCGUGCAGUACAUCGCCGGCGACAUGUUUGAUAGCGUCCCACCGGCGGAUGCUAUGUUCCUCAAGUGGAUUUUGCAUGACUGGAGCUACGAGGAGUGUGUCAAGAUACUGAAGAAUUGUAAGAAAGCUAUUCCACCUAGAGAGGAAGGAGGAAAGGUGAUACUUAUAGAUAUGGUGGUUGAAGAAGGAUCAUCGAACUUGAAGCAAGGGGAGAUGCAGGCCUUGUACGAUAUAUUUAUGACAAUUAUAAAUGGCAUCGAGCGAGAUGAGCAAGAGUGGAAAAGCAUCUUUUUUGAAGCUGGAUUCAGCGAUUACAAGAUAUCACCGGUGUUAGGCGUUAGAUCCAUCAUCGAGCUCUACCCAUAAAACGUCUCGCGAGCAAAUGGUUAAACUGGUAUGGAUUGCGUGGGUUUGUGAUUUCCAGUAAGUUUGCUGCCCUAUUGUGGUGUUAAUUCAUAAUAAUGUGCUUGCAUUGGGUGGGAGACAUCCCUAUUGUAGUAUUGUGCCUGCUCAGUUUAUUCUUCCACCUAUGUAAUUCUUGGGUUCUGUAUUCCUACAUAAAUUUCACAUUGAUCAUGUGGGUAGUAGAACUUGUUCUUAUUAA